AUGACAUCAAGGAAUCGCAACAUUGUGACCGCCAGCAGAGGGGACACUCCAAGGGCUCGCCAAUCUUCAGGAGACAAUCCAAGGACAUCGCGCCAAUCUUCCGGAAGCACUCCAAGGACAACUCGUCAAUCUUCUGGACAACCACGCAGCCGCUCAAGUGUUCGACGCCAGGGAAGACCACGGACUGUGGAGGACAGCAACGAAGAUGCAGCGUUCAUUGAGCAGCUUCAGGCCUGGGCCCAGGAAACUUCGCGGAAGCAGCUGACGGACCUAGAGUCCGAGUUCGAGCGUCUACAGAGCCAACCGCGACCGGAACCAUCAGCUGAAUUUGCUCGCAACCCUACUCUGAACCGCUAUCGGGACGUCAUCUGUGUCGAGAACAACCGGGUCGUGCUGUCGAAUGGACGCUACAUUCACGCCAAUUGGAUUGAUAGCCAUGGUGAUCGUCGGUACAUCUGUACGCAGGGCCCGCUUCCGCAAACUGUCGGCGACUUCUGGGAGAUGGUUCUGCAGGAGAAAGUUGAGGCGGUUGUGAUGCUAUGUGACACCAUCGAGCUGAACCGGCCCAAGUGCCAUCAAUACUGGCCUAAGGAUAACACACCAGAAUCGGCAACCAGCCGAGACGACAACAUAAGAGUCCGUUUCGUGGAUACCGAGGCACUGGACGACAACCAUCUUAUCCGGACACGCCUGCAAGUCACCAGCGACAAUCCGAAGAGGCAGGCGAAUGUUCGACACUUCCAUUGGAGACGUUGGCCCGAUCGUGGAGUGCCUAUGAACCAUCUCGCGGCGCUACGAUUGCUCUUCUACAUCGGGAAAUACAAGCCAAUAGUCGUCCACUGUUCGGCAGGUAAAGGACUACAUAAAAUUAAUUUUAUGACAAGCUUUUUUUGA